ACCACGGGGUUUUCACCAUUUGAACUUAUGUUCUGGAGAAAGGUUAGAGGCCCUUUGUCUAUUUUAAGAAAUAUUUUCACUGGUUGUAGUGAAGGCACUGGUAAAGAUGAACAAAUAACCAGCAUAUUAUUCAAAAUUUGGUGGGUUUUUGUUUCAAAGAGAAAAGUUAUUUGUCCAACAGGGACAAAAACACUAAACAGGCAUAUGAUUAAUGCGACAUGCAUCUUCAUGGCCACAAAUCAUUGAUUGGUUUAGGCAGUGUCAUUGAGGUCCAGACAGGGCUAGUAUUGGAUGUGCAUGUUACCAGCCUUCACUGUCAAACAUGUGCAACAACAGGAGAAAAAAUGAAAGUCAAUAAAGCUGAGUAUGAGGUCUGGUUAGCUCACCACAAGGAAAAUGGAUGCACCGUGAACUAUAGUGGGACAUCAGGUAUGAUGGAAUCUGAACAAGCUGUCACAAUGUGGAACAGGUCUCUUUCUAAACACAACUUCAGAUAUCUGACCAUGGUAGGCGAUGGAGAUUCAAAGGCAUUUGAACAAGUAAAGGCACUGAAUGUAUAUGGGAAGGACUUGGUUGAAAAAGAAGAAUGCCUCAACCAUGUCUCGAAGCGACUUGGCACCGCCCUUCGAAAUGUUGUUCAGGACUCAUCCAAAAAAAAGAUAACCCUUGGAGGAAGAAAGCCUGGCAGCCUGACUGCAGAAAAAAUACGCAAAUUGAGCAUUUAUUAUGGUAGGGCUAUUUGAAGUAACAAGACAGCUGAGGCAAUGAAGAAGGUCAUCCUUGCUUCACUCUACCAUAAUUAUUCCACAGAUGACUUUCCUCAGCACCAGUACUGUCCUCCUGGUCCCACUUCAUGGUACAUCUACAAGAGGGAUGUUGCAGAUUACAAAUACCCAGGAGGACAUGCUAAGAGGAUGAAGACUUAUUUAGAUUUUGAGAGGCUUCAUAAGCACAUUUGGCCAGUGUAUGAACGCCUCUCAGACAUUAAACUUUUGCAAAGAUGCGAAAUGAGUACCACUCAGAAUGCCAAUGAAAACUUGCACCAUGCAAUCUGGUCACGAUGUGCUAAGACAAACUUUCACAGCAAAACCAGGGUAGAGUUAGCAGCAAUAACUGCAAUAGCUGAGUUUAACUUUGGCCCUUCAAAUGCUAGACAAUUUUUACAAACGGUUAGUGGUAAAAAUGCCAAUAAACCUUGUUUCAACAGUGAAAAAAAACGUCUAAAUCUGUCUAGAGAUUAUAUUUCUGGAAAAGAAAAUAUCAGAAGAAAGAAAAAGGCAAUAGCAGUUGCUAAAGCAGAAGCUGAAUAUAUUCAGCAGCAUGGCACUGUGGGUUAUGGUGCUGGCCAAUUUUAAUAGCCUUGGGAAUUAUUUUGUUUUUUUUAACAAAAUUUUGUUUUAUAUAAUGUGUACAUUAUUACCUUUUAUACAUUAAUUAUUAUUUAAAUUUAUUUGCAAAUUCUAUAUAUAUUUGCUUGUUUAAUUUGUAAAUAAAAAUCAAUAAUUAAAACCCUGAUUUUAUUAGCAUUUAUUGGGUAGUUUUUUUUUAAAAUUGAAGUUUUUUCUCUUCUUUUGUGCUUUUCUCAAAACUACAAAUU